GAGGCCCCCCAAGAUGGCGAUGCUGGCGGAGCCAGCAGGAGCUCUCUGGGAAUGCCAGUGGAGCCUGUUUGAAUUUUCCCUUCCUGCUGCAGCCCGGAGAAAGCAGAAGUGGUCUGUGGAUCCACGAAACACCGCUUGGAGCAACGAUGACUCCAAAUUUGGCCAGAAGAUGCUGGAGAAGAUGGGCUGGUCCAAAGGAAAGGGUCUCGGGGCUCAGGAGCAAGGAAAUCCCGAACACAUCAGGGUUAAGGUGAAAAACGACGUGCUGGGAUUAGGAGCCACCAUCAAUCACGAGGACAACUGGAUUGCUCAUCAGGAUGACUUCAACCAGCUUCUGGCUGAGCUGAAUAACUGCCAUGGACAGGGUGAAACAGAAUCCUCAGUGAAAAAGAAGAAAAAGACAUUCAGCCUCGAAGAAAAAUCCAAAUCUUCCAAGAACCGUGUCCAUUAUAUGAAGUUUGCCAAAGGUAAGGAUCUCUCAUCACGCACUGAGCAGGACCUGUCUUGCAUUUUUGGGAGAAGACAGAAGAGUGCCAAGACCCAGCCUGUGCCAGAGCUGGAGGGAAUAUCUUCUCCAGGGUUUCUCACCAGCUGGGAAGGGAACUUGGGAAACGUGACCUUCCCCGUUCUGUGCUCGCUUUGCUGGACUGUACUUCCUCUGUUAUUCAAGGGGGAUAUUGCUGAUCCUGACUCCCAGGAAGAGAAGAACAGCUGGCUCUCCAGCCCUGGAGAUGGUUCCAAUACAGUGAAGAGUGUUCUCACUGUCCAGGAAUAUUUCGCCCAGCGCAUGGCAAAGCUGAAGGGAUCCCAGAAGGAAACAGAAACAAAGGUGGAACAUUCCAGCCCAGCAGCUGAUGAAGCUGUGGAGCCUUCAGAAGAGCUGGAAACCAAAGUCAAAAAGAAAAAGAAGAAGCAGAAGAGAGAUGAUGAAGCAGAGUGGACAGAGGACUGUGAGAAACCAGGGAAAAAGCCCAAGACAGGGAGCUCGAAUGGAAAAGAACUGGAUAAUCCACUAAAGGAAUGUCACAAGAGGAAAAAAAAGAGGAAACAUAAAGAAGAAAACGAAGGAGAAAACAUCAGUUGUGAUGAAAAUACAGGCAGUGGAGAAAUUUCUGUGGGAAUGUCUGAGGGGGAGGAACUCAGCACAGAGGAGCAGGAGGAGAAGCAGAAGAAACGCCACAAGAAGAAGCACAAAAAGCAAAAAGAGGAGACAGGGGAGAGUGGGGAAGGAGCAACCAGAAAGAAAAAGAAGCACUGCAAGAACAUUUAACCCUUUCAGGCUCAGGGGUUGAGUCUGUGUUAGAGAGGCUCUGUGUAAACACAGCAUCAUUCCAGGCUUGGACACUGCUCCAGCUCCAGCUGGGACAGCCUGGAUCUAAACUCAGGCUGGAUCUAAACUCAGACUGGGUCUAAAAUCAGGCUGGAUCUAAAAUCAGGCUGGAUCUAAAAUCAGGGUGGAUCUAAACCCAGCUCUGCCAAGGGAAAAUGGGGCAAACAGGAGCUUCAGUGCCACGUUCAAAGGGGAUCCACAUGGAGGAUUAACACAUCAAGACUGUGAAAGGCAGGGAAUGACUUUCUGCUGCUUCACACUGACUGUGUUUUUCUCAAUCCAGGAAAGAAAAAUAAAAUAAAAUUACCCUAGUACUGCCUUUUUACUUGUGAGAGCCCAGCUCUGCUUCUGGAAGCAGGAGGGGGUUUGCAAAGCUGCCUGUGUUUUCUCAUUGAUUUUUGCAACGUGGUGUCCAAUUCUUACAUUCAUCUCUUUUUACAUAUAAAAUGACUGUUAUUUCUUCCCAAAAUGCUUACUCUGAUUAAAAUUUUGCUCCUGAGUGUCAGCACUGAAGGAUGAAAUAAAAAGACCUCUCUGUGCCUCCAAACCAUUCUCAAACAGUUGUAACUUUGCACCAAAGCUAAAGGAAAUGUGUAUGAACCUUAUCAUUUAUUAACCAUGCCUAAAUCUUUGAUUUCCAGGAAAUACUCAGGAGCUGUUCACAGGUACCUCUGGAAUCCAGAAAGCUGCCUUGGAUAGAGUCAGGUUUGUUCCUGAAAUUUGGAGACCAAUAGAACUUGAAAGCACAGUCAGAUUGCUAUGGCCAUUCACACAUUGAAAACUUGCAGUUUGGAUUUAUAACCAGAGCUUGUUUCUCAUUGUAAGCCUGGAAAUAAGGAAUGCUGGAACUGGGCACUGCCACAAGCAGUUUUAUGGGAGAUCUGAAACACUCAGCGUGACUUUUGGCAUUUUAAUGUCACUCAGAGCUGUCAGAAGAGAUGGGUAAGCCUGGAAGUGGUGGAAUGAGAAGAAGGAUUCACCAUCCUGGUGUCCUGUUCUGAUACUUCUUCGGCCACAGCAAACUUGACAGCACAACCCUGAACACCAAGCCAGUUAUCCUGGCAGAAUCCAGCAUCCAAAUCCAUGAGCUGCUCAUUUCAUCCAGGCCUGGCUGGGUUUCAUCAGUGUAAAUCUAAAACAUCCCAUUGGCUGCUCUGCUGAAGAAAAUGGGUACAUUUUUAUAUUGUCUCAGCUCAGCAGAGUUGCUUAACAUGGUCUGAGGAACAUUGUCAAGAUGCAGAUGUUAAUAGGGAAAAGAAUUUCCUUAAGCUGCCUUUAUUGUGCAGUGGAGGAAGCACCCAGACCACAUGGAUAGUUUGGUUGCAGCUCAACUCCUCCUUUUUUAAGAUCUCUUGGUUUCCAAAGCACCUUUUUUUUUUUUUCCCUGCCCUCAGGACAUGCUCAUUCACUGCAGCAAAAUGAAGUUUCACUUCUUGUAUGGGAGAACAAGAUGCCUUUCCCUGGAUUUCACAUGCCAGGGGCUCUAACCCUUGUUGCAUCUCCUUUUCAGGCUGUACAAUUAUUAUUCACCAUAAUCUGUCUGUCCCUGGCUUCCUUAAAUGAAAUACCACCAAAUACCAUCAGUUCUUGUCAAACUGGGAGGAAACUCCAUGCUUGAGGUGAAAAAAUUAUCUUCUCAGUGGAAGAAGACAGUAAAAUAAUGUUUUAUGUUAAACUGAUGCAUCCCUCCCGAUUUCUUGCUCGCCACAAGUCAGAUUUUUUAUUAUUAAUUUUGUUAUUAGAAUCCAAAAGCCUGAUUGUUUCCAGUUAUUAUUUUUUAACUCUUAACCCAACUAAACUUUACAGCCUCUCUGGGAUUUCAGUUUAAAAAGGUGCUAGUGAAGGAAUAAGGUUUCCUUCUCCAGAUACUGCUGGGCUUGUUUGUUUGUUCCCUCUGUGAAUUUUCAUGUUUCUGUGUGCUGAUUCUUGUGGGUGCUUGGCCACAUUCCAGUGUCAGUUACAGGAAGAAUAAAACCAGCAAUAAAGCUUUAAAUUUGUGCUGUUGCUCCUGUUAAAUUCAGGAUACCCAAGACUUAAAUCUGGCUCAGAUGAAAGUAUCAGCUACCAAUGGAAGAUUCUCCAUUUCUGAAAUAAAUACACGGCACUUUAUCCCGGGAAAUGUGGAAUUUUAAUGUGCCCCAAGCUCUGCAUGUGGUUGUAGGAGGGGAAAAUCAUAAUAAAUAAAUAAUCAUAAAUCAUAAAUUGCUUGGAUUUGACAGAGGCAAUUUAUUUAAUUGCUCUGCUCUGUGUUUGUGGUCAGCAUUACUCAAUGAAAAGCUCUUCUUACCAGAUCCUGUCCAGUGACAUGGAUGAUUCGAACAAGAGGAACAUGUUUCAGAGUAAUAAAUUACAUAUAGAUA